UCUUUCCCAACAGCUCUGCACUGCUCAGCGAAGCUGACGUGCGAGCACGAGUUAGCCAGGCAGACUACAAUACUUCAUGAUCAGAAUACAGAACAAGAAUGAACUGCUAAGAGACACGGUCUUACUUAGGUUGUGCCUGUUGUUCAAAUGGUUAUCUGCCCUCUCAUUGGUUUGAAUGGUCCUACCUGAUCUCGCCUGCCGUCAUUCAUUGAUCACAAGCGGACACUCGGCUCUCUUGUCAAUAUAAUAGAUACUCUUGACCUUUACAUAUCCUCAACCAAUCAACACUCACUUUGAGUAAGGACAGCCCCCUUUUUCGCUGGCGAUUUGCCGACGGACUUGAAUUUGGUUUCAAGAGUUGAGUGAGACAAGAUGCCGGGUCCACAUCUCCUGUUAGUGGUGGUGGUGGUGGCUGGGUGUUUAAUAAAGACAGCCUCUGGCUUCCCCAAUGGAAAAGUGUCUCAGGCGUGCGGAGAUAUGAUACCACAGCAUGGCCAUGACUCCAGCUCUAAACCUGCUCCUUAUAACAUCACCCUGGACAAACACACAUUCAGCCCUGGUGACCAUAUCACAGUGACCUUACUGGUUGCUCCCACAUCUGGGAGCAUCUCCUUCAAAGGUUUCCUGAUUGAAGCGAGGGAUGCUGGGAACCCGGACGGUCCUGCUGUUGGAUCAUUCAGCCUCCUCAACCCUUCUGAGUCACAGCUCCUACAUUGUGGCCACACACAGGGAUCUGCAGUAAGCCACACCAGCAAAUCCAAGAAGACAGAGAUACAGGCCGUGUGGGAGGCUCCAAAUAACCCCCCAGCCGGUGUCCAAUUUAUGGCCACAGUGGUGCAGAAGUAUAAAGUCUACUGGGUGCAGAUCCCAGGGCCGGUGGUGUCUCUGAAUGGAGUGACUGGGGUUCCACCACCAAACCCCACCCCCUCCACCACUACUGCUGCUGUGACCACAACUCUGUCUGCGCUGACCAGACCUUUCAGCUCAGAGGGUUGUGGUAGGAGUAAGUCCUGUCUGCGUGACCCUGUGGGAUGCGACCCAGGCAGAGACCCCCUGUGCUUUUUCCUCUCCUUCACUCCAGAGGAGCGGACUGUGCUGUUUGAGCUCAGUGGACCAGCUGAUGGAUACCUGUCCUUCGCCUUGUCGCUGGACAAAUGGAUGGGGAAUGAUGAUGUAUACCUGUGUGUGAGAGAUGGGGACAGUGUGGACAUCAAUGCUGCUUAUGUCUCUGGCCGAACUCACCCUGAAUUGGCCUCUGAGAAUGUUCUUUCAGACAACGCUUGGCGGCUGGCAGAUGGGGCCAUUCAGUGUCGUUUCCGUAGAGACAUACUCCUCCCCCGUCAGAUUGAGAGCAGGUUCAGCCUGGACCAGAGCUACUUCCUGUUCAUAGCCCACGGGAGGGCUGAAGAUGGUGUGAUCUAUAGACAUGACCGGCAGCCUCUGAUAUCCACUCAUCAGACAGUCAUCACAGGUCCUCCCGAGAAUCUAGCUGGCUCCAGGUCUUCCCUGCUCAUUAAGUUCCAUGGUGUGUUUAUGCUUGUGGCCUGGAUGACGACAGUGACCACAGGGGUCAUCAUUGCACGCUACUUCAAACACGACUGGCCAGAAACAAGACUAUUUGGAUGCAGGCUAUGGUUUCAGGUGCACCGAGUCUUGAUGACCCUGACCGUGCUCCUUACCUGUGUGGGAUUCUCACUACCCUUCAUCUAUCGAGGUGGUUGGAGCAGGCAUGCCGGGUCCCACCCUUACCUGGGCUGUACUGUCAUGGCUCUAUCUUUUAUCCAGCCUAUCAUGGCCCUCCUCAGACCCGCCACAGACUCCUCACGAAGGUACAUAUUCAACUGGAUGCAUUUGGGAACAGGCUCUAUUGCACGGGUACUUGCAGUUGUGGCCAUCUUCCUGGGUAUUCAGCAGCAGGCCUUGCUUCUCCCUGGCCCCUGGUCCACUGGUGUCCUGGCAGGCUGCGUAGUCUGGGGAGUCCUGGUAGACCUGCUACUUGAGUUCCACAGUAAAGUAGUCAUCGUAACAGGGAGGACUCUUGCUGAGGAUGAAGAAAAGAUUCUGGUUACUCACUCGGAUAGUGAGAGACAAAGAAAGGUAUCUCGAUUCAAAAAGAUUGUCUUGGCUGUGUUCCUCGUGGGAAAUGUUGGAUUUUUGUCUGUUCUCCUAAACACCAUAAGAAAUGUGUGACUGGGAAUCACAUACUCCUUGUUAGGGGUCAUUGUAGCCAAUAAUAGUAUGUAUUUUGUAUUACUUAAGCCAUGUUGCUCUUUUUUACACACUACUGCCAUUGCCUUUUUAAGAUUCCACUGAACAUAUUAAAACGUGUCCUUAAAAAAUGGUAAAUGGAUGAACAACAUUUGUAUUUAAGAACAAAAUCUGUCUGCUUAUUUGAAUAAAUAUGUUACAUCAUCUUAAGAUACUCUUUAUAAAUCAUUCCCCCUGACAUUAAAAUAAAGACUUUUGAACAAAUGUA